GGGUUUAAGUAUUCAUUUCAUUACACUGUGAAGCAUUAUUGUUGAAAGCUGACUUCUCAGAUCCUUCCUUGAAAUGAAAGCGGGCGUGCUCCACUGUCGAUGUGCCAAAUGUUUCUCUCUGCCUCUCCGGAAGCGGGUGCGAAAGCGUGCGUCUGCCGUCACGCUGCUGUCCCUUCCUGAAGAGCUGCUCCUGUGUGUCCUCCAGUGCCUCUCCGCUGAGGAUCUCCUCGCCGUCAGAGCUGUUCAUUCUCAUCUUCGUGACGUUAUCGAUAGUAACUCGAGUGUCUGGGCUCGAGUGAGUUUCAAAGACCGCUGGCCGGUCCCGGAUACCGUUUGGCUCUUUGAGAGGGCUGCGGAGAAAGGGAACUUUGAAGCUGCUGCGAAACUAGGAAUUGCGUAUUUGUACAAUGAAGGGCCUUCGCUCAGUGAGGAGGGACGUGCCGAUCUGUGCGGCCGCAUGGCAUCCCGGUACUUCAGCCUGGCCGAGAGCCUCCGGUCCCCACUGGCCGAGCCCUUCAUCUGGCUGUUCAUCCGGCCGCCGUGGUCCAUGUCUGGAGGCUGCUGUAAGGCUGUGGUGUACGACCGACUCGAAGCCGAGUGUGAGACCAACCUGGGCCGGAGAGGGACGUUACUGUACUGUCUGGCUAGAGUCCUUCGGCUGUUUGAUGAUGAGGAGAAGCGUGACGAGGCCACGGCCAUGCUGAAGGAGUCUGCGCGUUGCGGGAACGUGCAGAGCUCGUAUCUGCUGUGGGAAAUGAACCGCGGGACGUCGACGGCUGACCCCGGCAGGUAUCUGCAGUGCAUGCGCACGCUCAGGGACUACGCUGCCAAAGGAUGCUGGGAAGCUCAGCUGGCAUUCGCGAAGUCAUGUGGCACCACAAACCCUCUGAGUCUGGAGCCGCGGGCCUGUGCUGAACUCGUGGCCCAGUUCUUCCACUCCGGACCGUCACCCCUGAGAUACCCGCAGAACCUGCAGGGACAGGACAUCACCACUAAGAGUUUCGGUCAAGAUGUGCCCAAAGACUACAGACACGUGUCUCUGACCGGAGUCAAGCAGAGGUUUGAGGACGACGUAUACCAGCAGAUUAGCAGAGACGCGGUCAUGGGCUUUAAGGAGCUCUGUCAGGUGCUGGAGGUCCCAGAGGUGGAGCCGCAGGUGGAGGCGCCCAGCGCUAGCAGCCAGCUAGCAGAGAUGCACACCUUCCUGUCCUCUCCCGCCAGCAACAGCAAGAGGAGGCGAGAGGACAGCAUGCAGGCGCACCGGGGCAGCUUCCUGGCCACGCCCACAGCCGAGCUGUCCACUCAGGAGGAGAUGCUGCUGGGAGACAUCCUGGACUGGAGCCUGGACACUUCCUGCUCCGGCUACGAGGGCGACCGGGAGAGUGAGGGCGAGAAGGACAGGGAAAUAUCGGCUAUGGAGGUGCAGAUGGAGCCUGCGGUCGAGUGCGCUGACAGACAGACGCAUUGUUGCGCGCUCUCCAGCGAUGACGACAGCCUUUGUGAAGAGCACACUGAGGAGGAGGCGACGGGACCCUGGAAACACCACCUAUCCUCCUCCUCCUCGAGCACCUUUUGCACAGACCGCCGCAGCUUGGGCUACUCGUCCAUCCAAAGCGUUCCCAGUCCGUCUGUCUCUUCCUCUCUGGUCUCUCCCCAAAAUCCCGCCGGUUUCCUUCUCCUGCUGCCACCCGCGCAAAGGACUCGCCGACAGGUGAAGAGGAAAAACACGGCGGCGCACAGCGGAGGAGAGGCGGAGCGCGACGAGGACGCUGCCAACGUGGCCUUUCUUAGCCUCUGAUUGAUGUACAGGAAGCUGUCAUCCCUUAACGCAUCACUUCCUGGCCGCCCGCCAGGAGCACUUUGGUUCACGGGUGCUAAUGGUCUUUAUCUCAGAGCAGGGAGAGUGAGAUAAAGCGGCUGAAAUGUCCAUUUCUGAGCUUUAAAUGCGAUUAGAAGAACAAAGGUCAUGUUUUUUCCUCCCAUAAUGCAUUUCACUUCGGCUCCCGAUGGCGGGUGCGCCUUCGCCCGACUGUUUCUGUUGACAAGCAAUGGGAUAAUGCCUAAAAUGUGUUCAAAUCACUGGAACUGUCGCUGUUUUUUAAGUCUUGUGUACGUUGUGUUACGUCUUCGUAUUUAAAAUUCCGGACUGUUUACAGAAAAUGACUUAUAGUUUAUCAAAUAUGUUUUUUACGAAGUUACAUGCAGCUAUGGAGAAAACCCACUCAGUCCAUGAAGUUUCAUGCUGAUAAAUGCACUGUCCGAACAAAACAGGUUUGUUUACGCAGAUGUUUCUCGUCACGUAUUUUGAUUAUUUAUCUGGAACUGGACCGAUCGACUCCAGUGUUUUUGUAUUUGCGCAUUGCUUUGCGUUCGCCACAAAUCUUCUGCCAAAGUUCUUGCAUUAACAAUUUUCUUACUGUUUUUCUGCUUGAUACAACUGAUGUUUUGACCUGUGAAACCUAUGGAAGCUUGUUUCCGACACUGAAUUA